AUGAAAGGAAUUAAGGGUAACGAGAACGACGCCUGCCUAGUGGAUCCCGAUGGACUGACGAAAAUGAUGGCGAUUUCUCGUCGCGAAAAGUGUACCGUUUCCGUAGUGGGAACUGUAACAGAGGAGAAAAGAGUUGUUCUCACUAAUUUCGCUGAUGAACCUGAUGGGCGGAAACCGGUGGACUUUGACACGAAACUUCUGGCGGAACGAGAAAAGAAG